AUGUUAGCUCAAACAGAAGUAACGCCAAAUCAAGAUUCAUUAAAUUAUAUUCCGAAUAAUGAUUCAAUAACAUCAAAGAUAGAUCCCGAGGAAUUAAGUCGUAUCCAAAAACUUCGUAAUAUUGGUAUAAGUGCUCACAUAGAUUCUGGAAAAACUACAUUGACAGAAAGAAUUCUUUAUUAUACUGGAAGAAUUAAGUCAAUUCAUGAGGUUCGCGGAAAAGAUGGCGAGGGAGCAAAAAUGGAUAGUAUGGAUUUGGAACGUGAACGUGGAAUUACAAUACAAUCAGCUGCUACAUAUUGUAAUUGGAAAUGGGGGAAUCGUGGUCAUGUUGAUUUUACUAUUGAGGUUGAACGUGCACUUAGAGUUCUUGAUGGUGCAGUGUUGGUUUUAUGCGGCGUAUCGGGCGUUCAGAGUCAAACGAUUACUGUGGAUCGUCAAAUGCGUCGUUAUAGUGUUCCAAGAAUAUCAUUUAUUAACAAAUUGGAUAGAGUCGGUGCAAAUCCUUUCAACAUAAUAGAUCAAAUCAGAUCAAAAUUACGAAUUUCUGCAGCAGCAAUACAAAUCCCAAUUGGUAUUGAAGAUAAUUUAAAAGGUGUUGUUGAUUUAAUUGAAUGGAAAGCUAUUUAUAGCGAAGAGAUACCUGAUGAAUUGAUCGAUUUAGCAAAGAAAAAGAAACAAGAGUUAAUUGAAGUGUUGGCUGAUGUCGAUGAUGAAAUGGCUGAUAUAUUUUUAAUGGAAGAAACUCCAACUGCUCAACAAUUGAUGGAUGCUAUUCGCCGAGCAACCAUUUCAAAUAAAUUUACACCAGUAUUAAUGGGCUCUGCAUACAAAAACACAGCAGUUCAACGUGUCCUUGAUGCAGUUUGUGCGUACCUUCCAAAUCCAUCCGAAGUGGAAAAUACAGCAUUGGAUAUUGAUGAAAAAGAAGCAAAAGUCAAUCUUAUUCCAUAUUCGAAAAAUCCAUUUGUAGGUUUGGCAUUUAAAUUAGAAGAUGGAAAAUAUGGUCAAUUAACAUACAUUAGAGUUUAUCAGGGUGCUUUGAAAAGAGGUUCAACUAUAAUCAAUAUCAAAACUACGAAAAAAGUCAAAGUUCCAAGACUUGUUCGUAUGCACUCUAAUGAAAUGGAAGAUGUUGACCAAGUUGGGGCUGGUGAAAUUUGUGCGCUUUUUGGUAUCGAAUGUUCAUCUGGUGAUACGUUUACUGAUGGGGCAGUUCAAUAUACUAUGACUUCCAUGUUUGUUCCUGAUCCAGUAAUCUCACUAUCGAUAACUCCAAAAGUAAAAGAUUCCGUUAAUUUUUCAAAAGCACUUAGUAAAUUUCAAAGAGAGGAUCCUACAUUUAGAGUAUCAUUUGACCCAGAAAGUAAAGAAACAAUUAUAUCAGGAAUGGGAGAACUUCAUUUAGAAAUUUAUGUUGAACGCAUGAGAAGAGAAUACAAUGUUGAUUGUAAUACUGGAAAACCACAAGUAGCGUUUAGAGAAACUAUUACCAGGAAAACUAAAUUUGAAUAUACACAUAAGAAACAAACUGGUGGUUCAGGUCAAUAUGGUAAGGUGAUGGGAUAUAUUGAACCAUUGGUAAAAAGUCAAAGUGGUAGUGUUGGUGAUGAAGAGGAGGAAGAGGAGGUUCCAAUUUUUGAAAAUAGAGUUGUUGGUGGUCGUAUCCCGUCUAAUUUUAUACCAGCUGUUGAAAAAGGAUUUCAUGAUGCGUUAGAGAAAGGCACACUAAUUGGACAUCCAAUUAAUGAUGCUCGAUUUGUACUUGAAGACGGAGCACAUCAUGCAGUUGAUUCAUCAGAAUUGGCAUUUCGAUUAGCGAGUUUUUAUGCAUUUCGCGAAGCUUAUAAUAGAGCGAAUCCAGUGAUUUUAGAACCAAUUAUGAACGUAUCAAUCUCUGCACCGACUGAAUUCCAAGGAAUAGUUAUUGGUAAUUUAAAUAAAAGAAAGGGUUUGAUUAUUGAUACAGAUAUUCACGAGGACUAUUUUGUUGUGACGGCUGAAGUGCCGUUAAACAAUAUGUUUGGUUAUUCAUCUGAUCUAAGAAGUGCCACACAGGGUAAAGGUGAAUUUAGAAUGGGAGAACUUCAUUUAGAAAUUUAUGUUGAACGCAUGAGAAGAGAAUACAAUGUUGAUUGUAAUACUGGAAAACUACAAGUAGCGUUUAGAGAAACUAUUACCAGGAAAACUAAAUUUGAAUAUACACAUAAGAAACAAACUGGUGGUUCAGGUCAAUAUGGUAAGGUGAUGGGAUAUAUUGAACCAUUGGUAAAAAUGACAAAAGUAUAA